AUGUCGGCAGCUAGGCGCGCGCGCCCCUCCCACGAGAGCCGCGCGCCAUCCUGCUCGGAGUUUACACAUGGCGACAAAAACGACGAAAUUACUCGCCUUUUCUGAAAGCGGUGCUCAUGGAGCGUGACUCCGGAAGGCCCAGGACAAACGUGAACCAUGGUGGACUACAGUGUUUCAGAUGCACCAGGAGAGCUCUUUCCCAAGCCUGGUGGACUUUUUAAAAUGGAGGCUCUCGCUCUGACAGACUUUCUGGAAUGUCCCCUUUGUUUGGAGCAACUGGACGCCUCUGCCAAGGUCCUGCCCUGCCAGCACACUUUCUGUGUGUCCUGCCUGCAGAGGCAGGAGGAGGCGUCUCGCUCCCAGCUCCUGUGCCCAGAGUGUGGCACCCCUGUCCAGGUCCGGACGGUGCAGGAGCUUCCUGAAAACCUGAUGCUGGUGCGGCUCCUGGAGGGGCUCCAGGGCCUCGGCAACGACUCGCAGCGAGUCUUCUACGACGUACCCCCAGACCUGGAAGAUCAGCUGCAGGAGAGUCAAAACAGAGAGAAGCAAGGGCACAGUGAGGCUGCUCCCAGAGCAAACCAACGACCUGAUAUGUCAGGAGAGCCGAUCUUCACACCUGCUAAUACUGUCACCUCGAACUACCAAAUGGACAACUGGUACUAUGAAGACCCCGGUGAUGUUGGCAGAGCAUCUGUUAGUGCGCCCCAGAUGCAGCAGUCCUUCCAGCAGGCCCAACCGCUGCCUCUCUGCAGGGCGACGUGCGACUUUAACCCAGAAGAGAUGAAUCUGGAAGGCAGCCAAUAUUGUCUCAGUUUCAUGAAGGGGGACAUCCUUACUGCCAUCAGACGAGUCGAUGAGCAGUGGAUUGAAGCCAAGCUGGGGGAAAACGUUGGGCUUUGUCCUAAACAGUUCAUCGAGCCAAACUCGGCUGCUGCCAAACUGCUAAAAGGAAGGCGUCGAAGUAGGAGUGAGUCGGCAGAAUUUUGCCAUCAGACAGGGAGUGGGGCCAAAGACAAGACCACUGACGCGUCAAAUUGGGCUGCCCAUUACGGAGUCCCUCAAGUCCUGGCAAAGACGCCCAUCAUCAAUGCGUUGCCUCACUCCAGCCAGAGGAAACAGCCCACAGGCGAACGCAGCAACAGCUUUCAGACGCCUUCCGACAGCUACAAACCUCAGGGUCAUCCACAACGCCUCUCAACGCCCUCUGGCCUCCCGCGGACCUACACUUACCCCUUUGGGGUGAGCUCUCGUCGAAGUAGUCGGCACUCUGACUCUCAUAGACACCAGUCACAGGGGGAAAAGAAGAUGACCAGCGGAACGCCGCCUACAGUCUCCAUGGCUCUGGUGAACCCCCAAAUGCCCUCUGCCUCUGCAGACGGCAAGAACUCCUCCACGCAGCAGCUCUCCAUCAGCGUGUGUGCUGUCCAGUACUCCUACAAACCUCGACGGCUGGAGGAGCUGGAGCUGAAGGCAGGAGAGAUGGUAGGAGUGUAUGGAAAGUUCAAGGAGGGCUGGCUGCGUGGGCUGUCGCUCAGAACAGGCAAAGUUGGCAUUCUUCCCAGCAACUACGUCACCCCCGUGCUCAGAACCUCAGCCAGAAUUAUCGAGACCAAAGCAGCUAACGCGUCCUCGCGGUACAACACGGUGUCUGGAAAGAAACCCACAGCAACAAAGAAUCCUGCUGUGGUCCUUGCACUCGAUAGGGUGACAGGUGAUGGAGCGAUGUACUCACCGGGACAGGUCUCAUCUGUGCCAAAUGGAGCACAGCAUGCGAUGUCGUCCGCUGGCGCCGCAAAACCGUCCUUCUAUGGGAGUGCUCAAGGUUGGGACACUGUGAGGCGAGCUUUUAACCCACACAGAGCCUCCAACCGUCCUUCUCAUAUGUCCACUUUCAACAUGCCGUCCAACUCACAACCUUUUGCACAAGUUCAGGCAUCGGGUUACUCACCUGCCCUGCAGAGAAAGAAGAGCAUCAUCAGGUCUAGCUCUAAAAAACCACACGGCUGGAUGACUGAGCCAGCAGCGCCCUCUGCUGCUGCGUCAAUGAAGGAAAAAGACUUCCUCUUAGCCACAUUUCACCGUCCCAGACAGCCUGUAAACACACCUCAGUCCAUCCUGGUCAAACCUGACGCACGCAGAUACAAUACAGACAAGCCGCAAAAGUCGGUGCGGUUUCAAGUAGAUGAAGAAUCCCCUCCUCCAAGACGUCGCACCUCCUCGUGGUCGUCAGGAACCCAGCUUCACCUCAACUGCCGUCCAGGACUCUCGCCUUUAGAAGUAUGGGCCCCGUCGCUCACCAUGGGAAGAGAUGGACCAGGGAUUUUUCUCAAAGAAGGAAAAGGUCCAGUUCUCAGGAAAGGCCUUGAAACGGCCAUCUCAGACAUCAAUUCCAAACCGCUACACUCACAGCCAUCGCUGUCAGCCCCAUCAGCUCAGUUCAGCCCCAUCAGGCACAGAGUGAUCGCAACACAUUUAGCCCAGAUGGACUCAGAGCUCAGUCUGCUUCCAGGAGAGAUGGUCCUGGUCCACAGACCCCGGCCUGACGGACGGGUCCUUGUCACACAGGAAAGCAGUGGGCAGACGGGUGUAUUCCACAGCAAUAUUCUUCAGAUCCUGGAGAGGCUCAGCUGACUCUGUAUUUCUGCUGCUGUUGUAUAAACGUAUAUUAUUUCUUCGUUCA